UUUUGUCCAAGAUUUAAUCUCAUCUUUCCAUUUAUAAGUAAGUACAUACCCUGAUCAAUCUUGAAUUUGUCUCUUAGAGAACCAUCAAUCAAUAACAUCAUUUGUCAUGAUGUUGAAAAAUGGUGGAAAUGGUGCUUCAAGCAAUCAGUUUUAUCGCACUGCGACUCCAGGAAAGGCGACAGUGCUUGCUAUCGGCAAGGCCUUUCCUAAGCAACUCAUUCCCCAGGCACAUUUGGUGGAAGGCUUCAUCCGAGACACCAAUUGCCAUGAUCAGGUCAUCAAAGAGAAAUUAGAGCGAUUAUGCAAAACCACGACAGUUAAGACAAGAUACACCGUAAUGUCGAGGGAGAUUCUGAACGAGUAUCCAGAACUAGCAACCGAGGGAUCACCAACAAUCAGGCAAAGGCUCGAAAUAGCUAACCCAGCAGUAGUAGAAAUGGCCCUAGAAGCUAGCAAUGCCUGCAUACAAGAAUGGGGCAGAUCAGCCCAAGACAUAACCCACAUUGUCUACGUUUCCUCUAGUGAAAUAAGACUUCCUGGUGGUGACUUAUACCUCGCCACAAAACUCGGGCUUAAGCCCGAUGUGGGUCGGGUCAUGCUCUACUUUUUGGGCUGUUAUGGUGGUGUAACGGGCCUAAGAGUCGCCAAAGACAUAGCAGAAAACAACCCAGGAAGCAGAGUACUCUUAACUACAUCAGAAACCACCAUUUUGGGUUUCCGUCCACCUAGCAAAGACCGCCCUUAUGACCUUGUCGGGGCGGCCCUUUUCGGGGAUGGAGCAGCUGCUGUAAUCAUCGGGUCAGACCCAGAUUUUACCCGUGAAAGCCCAUUUAUGGAGCUCAAUUAUGCAGUACAACAAUUCUUGCCUGGGACCCAUAAUGUGAUAGAUGGGUGUCUUACUGAAGAGGGCAUCAAUUUUAAGCUUGGUAGGGACUUACCCAUCAAAAUUGAGAAUAAUAUUGAAGAUUUCUGCUUGAAGCUUAUGAGUAAGGCUGGUAUAAAGGAGUAUAAUGACUUGUUUUGGGCUGUUCAUCCUGGUGGGCCAGCUAUUCUUAACAAAAUUGAGCAUACCCUUAAGUUAGAAGGACAUAAGUUGGAUUGUAGUAGAAGGGCAUUAAUGGAUUAUGGGAAUGUUAGUAGUAACACUAUAUUUUAUGUGAUGGAAUAUAUGAGAGAUGAGUUUAAAAGCAAAGAAGGUGGAGGAGAAGAAUGGGGACUUGGGUUAGCUUUCGGGCCUGGAAUUACUUUCGAAGGUCUUCUACUUCGUAGCCUAUAAAAAUACGCUUCAUAUAUAAGUUAAAUAGCUCAAUAAUAUAAAUUAUUAGCAUAUGAACUAUUUGUUUUGAGAUCGUUUCACUACGAGAUGAUCUUCAUAAUAGUAGCUCUAAAAAUUUACAUUUUGUAUUUGCGAAAAAUAAUAAUCUGAUGGUUGGAUUGUAAGAGCUAAGGUGGCUCAUAAGUAUUCUGUUAAGCGUUGCUAGUUGUGUUGUUUUUCUGUGUUCGAAUUAUCUUAUGUUAAAUUAAAAGAACUGUUUGUAGGAG